CUUUUUGUUUUGCGGCUCGGCAAAGUUUGCGUUGGAAUUUGAUUAAUAAAUGAAGCAACGAAAUGUCGAACAGUGCCAAAAAGUCAGACUCCUUGCGGAGCAAUAGCUCCACGCCACGGAGACCGCGAAAGCGUCGCCGCGUUGAUCGCCAGAGCCUGGAUUCGCAGGUAGACGAAGAUGCUAAGGAGAUCGAUCGCCGGCUGCGAAAAGUGGCCAAGGAUAACUCCAUAAGCGCCGAGGACAUGCAAAAGGUGGUGCGGAAGGUGGUGCGCAACGAUCAUGUCCUAGCCCUGGUCACCUUGAAAGCGGAGGACGAGCUGGCGCGGGAGAAGAGGGUGGAAUCGGCGGAGCAACAAAAACGGGGCGCCAUCAUUAUUACGGACACUCCAUCCGUGCCCAAGCUCACCCGAGCGAAAGCCCGGGAACUAAACUGCACUCCCGGCAUUUCCCUGCCCCAGCUUAACGACACUUGUGUCGACAAUGAUAGCAUAGAGGCUUUGAUUCGGGAGGAGUUGCACUCCGAUGAGGAGGACGAGGAAUACACAUUCAAGGAGGAGGACUUUCAAUCGGAUGAUGAUCCCAACACUACAGCAUCGGAUUUCGAUUCCAGUCCCUGCACACCGCAAACUCCGCUCACUGCCAAUGAGGAUUCUCCUGUCAAAUUCUCCGAUGAUGGUUGCUUCAAGGUGCCAUUCGAAAAGAAUCUGCUCGACAACGACGACCUGCGUAUAUCCACCAGAACGCGCUCCAAAUUCUGUCUGCAGCAGACAACCAUCGAGGAUUUGCAGUCCGAAUUCGUGCCGCCGGACGUGGAGCCUAGUGAUGUCGUGGAGAACGAUUUGACCGCCACUGAUGCAGACUGGAUGCAGUUCCUCAAUGACUUUACAAAACCUUUAAGCAACACCGUUCUGGGCGACGACGAUGAUCCCAUCAACGAUCCGGAGUAUGAAGCCGCUGAUCAUUUGGAAUCAGAGUACGAGAAUGCUGAGGAACUACGCGAUGUCAACAUAUCCAAAAAGGAGUUGACCGACCUGGUCUCAGAAUUGUUUGCUGGCUUGCUGCAAGAAGGAGUCUCUCUUGAAUCAAUUGAAUUGGAGACCCCUCAAAAAUUCAUGGAAAGUGCCAACGUCUCGAUGACUCCCAUAGAUCAGGUUUCUCGAAAUAUUGAUUUUGAUGGUCAAGUUAUGGUAAAUGACCAUCAGCAGGACCUACAGGUCUUCCAACAAUGUGAGAUACCCCCUCCCUGUGAUGUAAACAAUAUGGGCAUGGUGAUGCCCGUUCCCGUGGCUGUGAUGCAGGAGGGAAAUCUGGAAAAAGGUCCCGGAGGAACGCCCUGCAAGGUGGUGAACGUACCAUCGGAUGCUUUGGGUGCACCUCCAGAACUUAUAGCUGUUCCAAUACCUGGUCAACCUAAUUGCUUCCAACUGGCCAAAGUUGUCGCUAAUGACUCCACCUUUAUUAGUCCUCCAUUAACAGAUGAAACGCUCCACAAUUACUCCACCAUGGAGACAGUGCAACCACUCAGUGUAUCGAAAAGCAAUGAAGAUCGUUACAAAAAACCAUUUGACACCAACUUUACCUGGGAAUACAUCUCGGUGAAGAAGCACAUUUACUCGGAGUAUGAGAAUCAGUUUGAAAACCUGCGUAAUGUGCAGCCAUCUAAUACCAAUCACCUUGCCAGGAGCAAGGGAUUCACUCAAAACCAACAUGAUAUUCUUCAGCAGCAGCUUCGCAUUCACACCCAAAUGCUUAGUCAGAGUUAUCUGCAGACUUACUCCCAUCCCACUUUGUAUCCUAUGGCCAAGAAGCCCAGGGAAAUGCUGGAGGAACUCUACAAAAGGGCAACCAAAGAUGCUAGCUUUAACUGCUGGAACCUUAAUGGAGCUGUCCAGCUGGUAAGGAAGUGGGAGCAUGAUUUGUGUAGUGAUGAGUUUAAGCAGGAGAACGAAAAGAUGAUGGAGUUCAUUAACAAGGAAACAGAUUUGACUGAUGGCCACACACGGCAGGUUCCAAGACUAGCGCCUCGUAUCAUGGAUCUUAUGCUUGAUAGCCAGGUGUUUAUGUACCCUCAGUACCUUCCUCGAAUGGCUUUUCAACCGAAACUGACCCAAAUUACUGCCUAUGCCCCCUCCGAGUAUCAGCUUAUCGCCAUUGGUCUUGAGAAACACAUUUCAGCCAUUAAGAAAGCUAAAAGACCACUUCGCAAGGGUACAGAUCCCAUUCGAGUUGCAUCCACGCGAAUGGCCAAGGAUACGAUUUAUGGCAAGAACGCCCGUCGGAUUUUUAUAAAGAUAAGUGAGCUUCGCGAAUCGAAGCAGUAUAAUCCAGUAAAAUACUUUCUUGACCACGAGCGAGCGCCGCCCACGAACCACACCCUUUGGGGAUUCGAGGGUGGACUGGUGAGAACUCCACGAGAACGUCACCAGGAGCUGCCCAGUGGCUGGCAAUACUACAUCGAGAAAACCUGGGAGCAAAAGCGCACCCGCCGCAAUUUUAAGGCCUCUAAAGCGUCCUCAGAAGCCAGUGCCUCGUAUCUGGAAUUCGUGCGCGAGGCUGUCGGCGAGGAUUUGCUGCUGCCGGAGAGUUUUGGACAGGCCGCGGUCCCCGAUGGCAGGGAUUGCAAAGCGAGGAAAAAGCCAGCACAGAGGAAGACCCGCCCAUCGGAACAGCCGCCACAGCUCACCAUAAAUGUGAAUUAUGUGUUUGGCGGCGAUGCCAACGCGGGAAACUUACCCGGAGUAUCUGGGGUCUCGGUGCCUCUUGUGUCCGGCGGACGCCUGGCGGACAAUGUGUUGAACAUCAACCGCAGCCUGUACACCAGCGUUGAGUGCAGUGGUCUGCUGGUCCUGCCCCCUGCUCCGCCACCAUUGGCCGAAGAUGCCCCGCCCGCCGUCAACUUUAGAGUAGACGAGACCACGCACACCCUGCAAAUCUGCGAGCUUGAGGACUCCAGCGAGGCCGUACAGCAGGAUCUUUUGCCUGCGUCGGAUAGCAGCGCCUCCUUUGCGGGCAGAAGCGCCAAAAGGGCGCGCUAUCAAAUAUUCAAGCCAAAGGUUCAAGCCACCAAUAAAUCGCGAAAGGGAUCAACGCCUACUCGCAGUCGCUACCACAAAUUGCGUGAACGUUUGCGCCAUAAACUCAGUAAGCGCUGCUAUUCGCUAAUCACUACCUACGGAUCCUACCUGCGUGGACGCAGGGACAAGUAUAUAGCCUGCGAGUUGGUACAGCUCGUGCACAUUCGUUUUGUGGCCCUCGAACUGUACACCCAACUGUUGGUCGAUCUGAAGAUGUUCUGCAGCACCACCACCGCCAAAACUGCAACGGCAACGCAGCCAAAAAGAACCAGAAGCGAUGACGAGGCGGCCAAGCUCAAGAGGGCAAAUCGACAGGAGGAGAUGCUGCGACACAUGCUCCAGCCGGAUUCCCCAGAGGAGCGCAAUCGCAAAGAUGCCAUUUUUGCUCUGAAUUUUUACGACAAAGUGGAGGAGGCCUUGCUAAAUGCCGAUCGGCUGGAAGAUUGCAGAAAAUUCAAUAGCCUGCUGCAGAAUUUUGAUCCAAGACAGGAGAAGGUCUCAGCUCUAUAUCAGAAAGUGGAAAAAAUCUUGCUGCCCGAUCACCCAGAACUGGCAGAGGUAUUCCUUAACUUUUUGCUACCUGCGGAGGCAGCUGAGAUAGGCAAAUUCUUUGAGCACUUUAUGAUAAGCAAUGCCACCAACUUCAUCAACAAACUGAACAUUUACUUCAACAAGCAGCCCGCUCAGAUCAGAAAGAUCUAUGCCUGCCUCAGCGAGUUGGCAGAAUUGCCCAACGUAAGCAUGAAAAAGGUUGAGAACAAGAUAAUGCCCUUGCUCAAGGGCAAUCAGUUUCUGGCCGACUGGUUUGUGCAGCAAUUUCCCCAGGGAAAGCCCCCGAAAAGAAUCCUGUCUCCCGUGGAGACUAUAAAUCUUCAUGAUGUUCAAAACAACACUUCGGGGGAAUAUACGGAAACGAUUCAUGAGUUUUUGGAUGUACCUACGCCAAGUAAACCUGGUUGUCACCUAAAGUACAUUAAUGGGCGGAUUUUCUAUGGCGCCAAGAUCCUGCUGCCGGCCAAGCUUUCCUUUAUGGCUGCUAGUAUUUACAACGAACAAUCCCAUGAUGUGCCAUCGGCUUCCAGUGAAUCCAUGACUUGUGCUCAUGGGAUUCGUGCCCAGGGAGAGAAGCUCCUGAGUAUGGCUGCCAAUACAGAUAGCGACGAUGCUGCGGAUCGGAGUGAGGAGGAUGACGCCAGUCGUGCGUUAGUUAUUGAUACAACGGGCGAUGAACAGAACAGCUGUUCAUCCAUCGAGAUGUGCGAUGAGGCGGGCCUAAAAGCGCAUGCAAUCCGAUUAAAUGCCAGUUUGUAUACCAACUCCAGCUUUAGUAAUGCAGCUACCAGUACGCCCAAUGUGGGAAAUUCUCAUGGACACCAUCACCCGAACGCUAAGAAAACAUCUAUCAAUUUCGGUGAAAUAUCACCACGCAAGCAAUCGGCAUUUAACAGCUCGGGAUUGAGUCCCUUGUCGGCAACAAUCAAUAGUUCUCCUCAUGUGGACAAAAGAAAGUCACCCACCAAGAAGGUUCGAUCACCUCUGAAUCAAUCUCAGGGUAGACAGCGCACAAAUAACCAACCUAUGGUCGUGAUCCAUGAGUCACAGCCUUCAUCGUCGCCCGCCAUUGAGUGUGCCAAACGUUUGCGCACGUUGAUCGAUCAGGAAAGUGUCCGGGAUGCGGCAGAUACAAAGGCGGGUAUACGGAUUAUUGCGCAGGCCAAGCAGCCGGCUCCAACGCCAACGAUUAGCUGUAGCCCUGCAGCCGUUACAAAAAUUGAGGUGGAGUGCCUGGAGGGGAAUGCCCAGGACACGGAAGCAUGUACGCCUCUUAAAAUGGAUCUGGAUCAAUCGGAAGAAGAACUGGAGCCGCUGCAAGUGAGUGCAGGAAAUACGCCGCAGCAUAUUAUCACGACGCAAUUCGACAGCGACGAGGAUUGCAAGUUAGAUGUAGUGGCCACGCUGGCCAACAGCUCUCCCACCGAAGAUAUAGCAGCUACAGCCGCUGGAUCAACUGCCAGCACGUCUCAAUCUGAAUCUGGUAGCUCCCACUCGUCUCCCUGGACUCGAGAAGAGGACAAAGUAAUCCUAAUCGAAAUGAAAAUGGGGGCUCGCGAUAGAGAGCAGCUCAUCCGACGUAUGUGCGGCAAGCUCAAGCAUCGCAGCAUUGGCGAAAUACGCGGGAGGCAUCAGUUUCUCAUGGAUUUUCUAUCCAAAUUGCAAGGCAAGUAGGUUUUGUAAGAAACAUUUUCCACUGUAUUAUACCUCCAGCUGAAAUAGGUUACUAAUAUUAUGUAAUAUAUGGUUUUAAGCAUAGUUUGCGACCAAAAAGAUUAUGAAACGAUCUUAUUAAAGGGUCCAUGGAAUGUAUUUUCUUUAUUAAACUUUCUAAAAUUGUAUAAGGUUAUUUAAGAUGAAAUUGACUAUUAAUAAGCAGAGUUAAAUGCUCUAAAAGUAUUUAAGAAUAUUCUAGUGUUAACCUAUCUAAAAGUAUUUAAGAAUAUUCUAGUGUUAACCUCUCAAGCCACUUUUAAGGCAGUGACAACUUAAUUACUCUACAACUUUGUUUUGGCUAGAGAGAACGAGUAUUUCUCAAAUACUUUUGAACCUGUACAUAUGAUUAAAUGUUGAA